AUGGUGCGUCAGCUGCACGACGGUAUGAUGGCGCGAGUCACGGACAACGGCGCUGUCUCAGAGGCAUUCGCAGUGACCAACGGAGUGAAGCAGGGAUGCGUGCUGGCACCAACCCUCUUCAGUCUUAUGUUCUCUGCCAUGCUGAUGGACGCCUACCGCGACGAACGCCCUGGAAUCCGCAUCGCCUACAGAACGGACGGUCAUCUCCUGAAUCACCGGCGCAUUAACUUCCAAUCGCGCGUAUCCACAACUACCGUGCACGAACUCCUCUUCGCCGACGACUGCGCCCUGAACACCACCUCCGAAGCGGAGAUGCAACGGAGCAUGGACCUAUUCUCCGCCGCCUGCGAGAACUUUGGGCUGGUCAUUAACACGCAGAAGACGGUGGUGAUGCACCAACCGCCGCCCAACUCAGCCACAGCCCCCAACGCGCAGCCGCAAAUCAGCGUGAACGGAACCCAACUGCAAGUGGUAGAGAACUUCCCGUACCUGGGCAGUACUCUCUCCCGCAACACCAAGAUCGACGACUAA